AUGAAGUUAACGUAUCAAGCCAACUGUAGCUCACGAGGCUUUAAGCUGGUUCUGCAUCUGCGGGUAAUCAAGCAAUGGACUUUGUUGCGUAUUUCGGUUCUUCAGCUUGACACCGAGUCCACUGCUACUCUAAAGGGUCUCCAAUGGUUUCUGUGCACGGAAGCCUGUCGUAUUCUUCCAAUGCCGACAGAGAAAGUCUGUCUUGGACGUGUCAAAAGUGUUGGAAAGUUCUACCUUGAUGUUAGCCUACCAUUUGGUGUUGCUGGGAGGGUGAAGAUCGCGGACGUCAAUGCGGUCUACUAUGCUGCUCUUGAAAAACUAGUCUCGGGGAAUCAAUGCGUAACAUCUACUUCUAUCAAUAACAUGAAAACAACCCCUUUAGGAAACUGUCCCCCUAUUGAACGACAUGUUUGCAGCUGGACAGGUAGUUCGCUGUUGUGUGAAGAAUUCUUCCGCGCUUCCUACGGACUCAACCAUGUCAUCAAAAAGGGGGAUGCGAAACUUCCUGUUGGCAGUCUGGUGUCAGUAAGAGUACUCCAGGAUAGUCAGAAGACUAAGGGCACUUCCUCCAGAGCAGUUCAAGUAACUUCGAUAUUUCCUACGGACGAGCCGCUUACGCUCCCGAGAAAGUCUCCUAUUGCAUUUGAGUGCCUGCUGCCGGGUGCUCUCCUCAAGGUUAAAUUGCAGGCAUUCUCGGCAUCGCACAUCCAGGCCACCUUCCAGUCCUUCAAGGUGUUGAUCCCUUUUGAACACUGCGAUUCCGCACCUGACGCCUAUGCCAAGGGCAGUACACACACUGUUUGUGUUAUCUCAAUAGACUUCGUCUCCAAGGAAGUGCAUGCCAGUCUGUUGUCCUAUCUGGUGUCCAAUUCUGCUGAUUCGCUUAUUGAGAAAGCGCUACAAGUCGGUACUCGCUUUAACGAUGCUAUAAUUGAACGGACCACUAAUCAUUCCGCCUAUCUUCGAGUGCCAUCUGCAAAUAACGCUCGAGCAGUUCUACAGAAAAGUCAAGCUUUUGACGAGGCACCAGUCAAAAAAUGGACCGCAGCACUAAGCAAGGAGGUGCCGCUGACUUGUCGUGUCAUUGAUCUGAACCUUUUUGACAAUGUUGCAAUCGUUACUCGGAAGACGGAGAUGUUGACGGCAACUUUCCUUUCAAUUUCCGACGUCAAGUCUGGGGCAAAAGUCACGGCGACAGUACGAAAGUUCGACAAGGGAGGCGUCGUCGUUCGGAUUGGUGGAAAACUACGCGGCCUUAUACCUUAUAUGCAUCUGUCAGACGUGGCUAUAAAGAAACCGGAGGAUCGUUUUAAACGAGGGGACAAAAUCAAAUGCCGGGUCCUCGUGAUCAACAAAGAAAGUGGAAAACUUCUACUUACUGCUAAAAAGUCGCUUCUAUCUUCGGAGCUGCCUCUGUUGGGAAGCGCUAAAAUGCGAAAGACCUGGAGUAAGCUAGUAGAAGAACAAAAAACGCGUGAAGAACCGCUGCUUGUGCUUGCCUUUGUUGUUCACGUCUCCGAGAAAGGUGUACUAGUCUCCGGUGUGAACAAUGUUCGCGGUUGGGUUCCGAAAAAGGAGACUUUUGCCGCCUCCUCGCCCUCAAUCACAGAGUUCUUCUCCCGCGGCCAGACUCUCCAAUUUCGUGUGCUGAGGGAUCUGGCGUCAAAAGCGGACGAAUUCAAGUCAAAGAAACCGCUUUCCCAGUUUCUGCUUUCUCAGAAGGGUAGUUCUCACGCCACCUCAUUCGUUAUGCUGGACUUUUUCGUUGAGGAUUGUUCUGCAUUUUUUCCAUCGCUUUCGGCGUUUGAUUUUUUUCACGACGGCCUUCCCAUUCUUUAUGUUCAGGUCGAUGGUGAUGCACCAACACGACCUCUCGCGCCAGUUGAAAAUUCGCCUGUAUCCAUAGGCAAGGUCUACUACGGUGUGGUGAAACGAAUUGAAGAUACGGCAUUGGUCGUGGGUCUGUUCGAUUCACCAGACGUGCCUACUGCCUGUCCUAGUAGCACCCUUGCAGACGCCGUCCUGUCCUACACCCACCUCUCCGAUAGCUCCUUCAACGCGGCUCUCUUCAAAACACACGCCUCCGUCCUCUUCCAUCCGAAUAGCCUGCUCGUUCUUGCAGGGGAUGGCGCCCUCCAACUUGUGGUUCUCAACGUGACCUCUGAGUUCACACAGGUUUCGGCCAAGCCGUCGCUCGUACGGACCGCUCUUUUGGACUGCACAGACUCUGACUCCACGGAGACACCCGGCAUCAGCGGUUUUGUCCGAACCUUUAAUCAGUUGACGAUUGGCAGCCAGUGGUAUGGUUGGGUCGCACAGCACAAAGACUACGGCAUUUUCAUUCACUUCCCCGGCGGCCUGCGGGGUCUCGCGCCGACACGGUACCUGGCUGACAGGCGUGCCCCGUCAAACGUGGACUGGACCAGCGUCUACCCCGCAGGCGCCACCGUAGAGGCCAAGGUUGUGGAGAUCGGGGUGCCGGAGAAACAGCGCUGUCUAGUCAGUUUACGCAUGUUGGAUGUCUAUGCAGACGCCUCGCAGCAGUAUUUGGAGUCGGCGCUCUACUUCGCACACCACUGCCUUCGUGAAACACAAUGGCUCUGUGACCAUGUCAAACCUCUCAAACGAUUCAGUUACUUCGCCAUCGGAGACCAAGUGCGAAUGACAAUCAGUCGUCUGGAAACUGAGACAUACUUCGUUGGAACGGCAACAUUGAUCGCCUGUGAGACGGAACAACAAAAAUCCCCUCCCUCCGCUCCAGCCGUUGUCUUUCUGCCCAACACAGCGGGCGUUGAGUGUGCUGUUGGACAGGCCUACACCGGCGUGGUCACCAUGGUCAACCUGCAGGGCGAUGGUUGCAACGGUGCCUGUCUAGAGGUUUCC